UUGGAGCUCCUGAACUUUACUGUGUAGUCUUUGAGAGUGAGGCAGAGGAGAUUCAGGGAGAACGACAGCUGGGACAAAGAGAGAGUUGGGGAGAAGGAGAAAGAGAGAUUUGAGAUUAAAAGAGAAAUCGUGGGGCGAGGGAAGACAGGUAAAGUCAAGAUCGAGAAUAGAGGGAGAGAAUACAUGGGGGAACCAACCAAGCUGGAUGAGAGGGAUAACUGAGGAAGCAAAGAGAUUAAGCAGGGAAAGCGUUUUGGGGAAGGGAGAUUGGGUGGUAAAACUCGCAGGUUGAAUCGUCAGAACAUGGCUUUUUCUCGUAUGGAUGUGUUAUGAGUUGGUAAAACGCAGGGAAAGUUGGUGGCUGGUUCACGUUUUGAGUAAUAAAUAUGUUGCUCCGCCUUCCGUCUCCGUGAAGUGCAGCUGUGUCCGGGACGAAGAGCUCACUGAGGCGGACUGUCCAGUUCAGUCAUAAAGAAGCUGCCUGCAGCUCACUGACGGGACAAGAUGGGAUUCUUCAUGUCUAAAUCAUUGGAUGAAAGCCUAAAGAAACAGCAAGAAUUCAUGGCAGCAAACAGUGCUCUUCAGCUGGAAAGGCAAAUGCUGAUGCAGAAUGAAAUGAGACAGAGACAAGUCGCAAUGCAGAUCGCAUGGUCCCGUGAAUUUAUAAAGUACUUCGGAACCUUUUUGGGACUGUCAACAAUUGGUUUAACAAUAGGAGCGUUGAAGAGGAAGAGACCAGGCAUUCUGGUUCCCAUUGUUCCACUGAGCUUCAUUUUUGCCUAUCAAUGUGAUCUGGCAUAUGGAACAUUAAUGCUAAGGAUGAAAGAUGAGGCAGAGAAUAUAAUUGAUAUGGAGCAAACCCUCCUUGAGAUGCCAAAGGGAGUGCCAACCUUUGAAAGCAUUGAAAAGGCCAGAAGGGCUCGGAGUAUGUUUUUCAUCCAAAAAUAGGUUUUGAGUAUAAAAAUAGUGAAUCUGUCAAUCUAAACCUCAGAUCAAAAGGGAAGAAUGUAUCAGUAGCAGCUCAUUAUACUUUUCUGGAUCUUUUUAAUCAAAUGGCAUGUAUAGCUGUAACCUUUAAUAAAAUUGUCCAUUAUUGAAUAAA